UUGCAGUUGGUCAUGGGGACUGCAAAGAAUGAAUCUCUUCCACUCUUCGAAACCAAUGAGGGCAAGGGUCGAGUGGCUUGUCGAUUGUUUGCUGUGUCCAUGGUUGUGGCCAUCUGUAUGGUUGUGGUGUACAGAGUGGGCCAUGCCCCAUCUGGUGGAGGAGAAGGUGGAGCUCAGGGAAGAUGGGUUUGGAUUGGAAUGUUUGUUGCUGAACUCUGGUUAUCACUUUCCUGGCUCCUCCAUCAAUCUCUUCGAUGGAAUCCUAUUUAUCGUAAAACCUUCAAGGACAGGCUCUCCCACAGGUACGAAAUAGAAUUGCCGAAUGUGGACAUAUUUGUAUGUACAGCAGACCCUAGUGCAGAGCCACCAAUAAUGGUGAUCAGCACUGUAUUAUCAGUCAUGGCCUAUGAUUAUCCGCCAGAGAAGCUUAGUGUUUAUCUUUCGGACGAUGGCGGAUCUGAGCUGACGUUCUACGCAAUGGUAGAAGCCUCUUGCUUCUCUAAGCAUUGGCUUCCAUUCUGCAAGCAAUUCAAAGUGGAGCCUCUUUCCCCUUCAGCUUUUUUCUCCAGUAACUCUCAUAACCCUCUUGAUGAUCAUCCUCACAUGGCCAAACAAUACUCUUCCGUUAAAAAAUUGUACGAAGAGAUGGAGAAGCGGAUCAAGACUGUGAUGGAGCUAGGUCUAGUUCCAAAAGAAAUCCGCAAGGAGCACAAAGGUUUCCUUGAGUGGGAUUCAUUUUCUAGUCCACGUGAUCAUCAUACCGUUCUUCAGAUAUUAAUCGAUGGAAAAGACCCUAAAGCUGUGGACAUGGAAGGACAAACAUUGCCAUCUCUGGUAUACAUGGCCCGUGAGAAGAGACCCCAAUACCAUCAUAACUUCAAAGCUGGAGCUAUGAAUGCACUGAUAAGGGUGUCUUCGAAGAUAAGUAAUGGAUCAAUUAUUCUCAAUGUGGACUGUGACAUGUACUCAAAUAAUUUACAUUCAGUGAGAGAAGCCCUGUGUUUUUUCAUGGAUGAGGAGAAGGGCCAUGAGAUUGCUUUUGUACAGUAUCCACAGUGCUUCAACAAUAUCACUAAGAAUGAUCUCUAUGGAAGUUCCCUAAGAGUGAUUGAACAGGUGGAGAUGAAUGGUAUGGAUGGCUUUGGAGGGGCUCCCUAUAUUGGAACUGGAUGCUUUCACAGAAGAGAUACCCUUUGUGGGAGGAAAUACACAGAGGGGGAUUACAAGAGAAAGUGGCAAACAGAGAAUGAUAGAAUUACAGGAGAAACUUUGAAUAAAUUUCUAGAGAGAACAAAGGGACUUGCCAAUUGCGACUAUGAUCAUGAGAACACUCAAUGGGGAAAAGAGAUGGGGUUGAAGUAUGGUUGUCUAAUUGAGGAUGUAACUACAGGAUUGGCAAUUCAAUGUAGGGGAUGGAAAUCAGUGUAUUUGGAUCCGGCCAAGAAGGCCUUCCUAGGUGUUGCUCCUGUUACGUUGGAUCAGAUGCUUUUGCAACACAAAAGAUGGACUGAAGGUCAUCUUCAGAUUUUAUUCUCAAAGAAUUGUUCCUUCUGGCAAGGUCAUGGAAGGAUUAAGAUAGGACUACAAAUGGCAUAUGCCUACUUCAACAUGUGGCCUACUUUCGGCCCUCCAACACUAUAUUACGUCCUCAUCCCUUCAAUUUGUCUCCUUAGAGGCAUUCCCCUGUUUCCAAAGCUUUCAAGCCCAUGGUUCCUGCCUUUCGCAUAUUUGAUAAUUGCCAGCUCCACAUACAACUUAGGAGAGUUUUUAUGGACUGGUGGCUCACUCCAAGCUUGGUGGAAUGAUGAAAGGAUAUGGAUAUACAGGAGGACAAGUUCUUACAUCUUUGCCAUUGUAGAAACAAUGCUGAAAAUCUUAGGGUUUACUAAGUCAGCAUUUACCAUCACAACUAAGGUGGCUGACGAUGAUGUGAUGCAGAGAUAUGAGCAAGAGAUCAUGGAGUUUGGAACCAAUUCCCCAAUGGUUAGCACCCUAACAACAGUAGCGUUGCUCAACUUAUUUAGUUUGGUUGGAGUGAUGAAGAGAUUGGUGAUGGGUCCUGGAACUGACAUUUUAGGGACAUGGUGCUUGCAAAUCAUUUUGUGUGUAGUUAUGGUAGCCAUCAAUCUUCCAAUCUAUCAAGGCCUCUUCUUUCGAAAGGACAAAGGCCGCAUACCUUCCUCUCUCUUGUGGAGAUCAAUUGUUUUGGCUUUCAUAGCCAGUAUACUACCCGUGUGCUAGUUUGUAUCUGUAACCCGCUCUCCACCCCACACAUCCCAAAAAUAAAAAAUAAAAAUAUAGAAAAGUGAAGAAUUAGUAUUAUGCAAGAAGAUUGAUAAG